GAGGUGGCCGCUUGAAUCACAUGAUGGUCUCCGCGGACGUGUGAAUGGCGCCGCCCUCGACUCGCAGGUGGCCGCCCGCCCGCUGAGGUCUUGAACCUCUUGGCUAUGGAUAAGAAAGGCUACCGACGUGGGAGUUUCCAGAGCAGCACCAGCGAUGAAGAUAUGGUGGAGGUUGCAGGGGGAACACUGGACUUCUCAAUGGUGGACGAUGUGCCCCCUCUGGACAGAGAGAUGGCGGAAGGCUUCUCCUCGUAUAAUGGAGGCGGGAUGAAUGGCUCAAGCAAGAUGAUGGAUUUUCUGGAAGAGCCGCUCCCUGGCGUGGGGACCUAUGAAGAUUUCAACACGAUAGACUGGGUGCGCGAAAAGUCUCGGGACCGCGACAGGCACAGAGAGAUCACCAAUAAAAGCAAGGAGUCCACCUGGGCCCUGAUCCACAGCGUCAGUGAUGCUUUCUCGGGAUGGCUGUUGAUGCUGCUCAUAGGCUUGUUGGCAGGGGCGAUAGCAGGUUUGAUUGACAUCUCUGCCCACUGGAUGACAGACCUGAAGGAAGGUGUGUGCUUGAAGGGCUUCUGGUACAACCACGAGCACUGCUGCUGGACUUCUCAGGAAACCACCUUUCAGGACAGGGACAAAUGUCCAGAAUGGAGGACGUGGGCGCAGCUUCUGACUGGCAACCAAGGAGGGGAGGCCCUCGCUUACAUCCUCAACUACUUCAUGUACAUCCUAUGGGCACUGCUGUUCUCCCUGCUUGCCGUGUUGCUAGUCAGAGGCUUUGCUCCGUAUGCUUGUGGCUCAGGGAUCCCAGAGAUCAAAACUAUCCUGAGUGGCUUCAUCAUUCGGGGCUACCUGGGCAAGUGGACGCUGCUCAUCAAAACCAUGACCCUGGUGCUGGCCGUUUCCUCGGGUUUGAGCUUGGGGAAGGAAGGGCCUCUCGUGCAUGUCGCCUGCUGCUGCGGGAACAUCCUUUGCCAUCUCUUCACCAAGUAUAGAAAGAAUGAGGCCAAGCGCCGAGAGGUCUUAUCAGCUGCUGCAGCUGCUGGUGUAUCUGUGGCAUUCGGUGCCCCCAUUGGUGGCGUGCUCUUCAGUCUAGAAGAGGUCAGCUACUAUUUCCCCCUCAAGACACUGUGGCGGUCUUUCUUUGCUGCACUGGUAGCAGCCUUCACCUUGCGCUCCAUCAACCCCUUUGGGAACAGUCGCCUCGUCCUGUUCUACGUGGAGUUCCACACUCCCUGGCAUCUGCUGGAGCUGGUGCCCUUCAUCCUCUUGGGGAUCUUUGGUGGCCUCUGGGGGGCCUUCUUCAUCCGCAGUAACAUAGCCUGGUGCAGGAGGCGCAAGACCACCAAGCUGGGCAAGUACCCCGUGACGGAGGUGAUUGUGGUGACAGCCAUCACAGCCAUCCUGGCCUUCCCCAAUGAGUACACCCGGAUGAGCACCAGCGAGCUGAUCUCUGAGCUCUUCAAUGACUGUGGCCUUCUGGACUCCUCCCAGCUCUGUGAAUACGUCAAUGAUUUCAACAGCACCAAGGGAGAUGAUCUGCCCGAUAGGGCCGCAGGGCCGGGAGUCCACAGGGCCAUGUGGCUGCUGUCUUUGGCUCUCAUCUUCAAAGUCUUCAUUACUAUAUUCACUUUUGGAAUGAAGGUGCCUUCAGGUCUCUUCAUCCCUAGCAUGGCUGUUGGGGCCAUUGCGGGCCGGCUGCUGGGAGUGGGGAUGGAGCAGCUGGCCUACUAUCACCACGACUGGGGCAUCUUCCACAACUGGUGCAGCCAAGGGGCUGACUGCAUCACUCCUGGCCUUUAUGCAAUGGUGGGAGCUGCCGCCUGCCUAGGGGGAGUGACGCGCAUGACUGUGUCCCUUGUGGUCAUAAUGUUUGAACUCACCGGGGGCCUGGAGUACAUUGUGCCUUUGAUGGCUGCUGCCAUGACCAGCAAGUGGGUGGCUGAUGCCAUCGGCCGGGAGGGCAUCUAUGAUGCCCACAUCCGUCUCAACGGGUACCCUUUCCUGGAGGCCAAAGAGGAGUUCUCUCAUAAGACUCUAGCAAUGGACGUUAUGAGGCCGCGACGCAGUGACCCUGCACUGACCGUCCUCACACAAGAUAGUAUGACAGUUGAAGAUGUGGAGGCCAUUGUUAACGAGACGACCUACAGUGGCUACCCUGUGGUGGUGUCAAGAGAGUCCCAGCGCCUGGUGGGAUUUGUCCUCAGGCGAGAUCUCAUCAUCUCUAUUGAAAGUGCCCGGAAGAAGCAAGAUGGAAUUGUGAGCAGCUCUGUUAUUUAUUUCACGGACCACUCCCCACCUCUGCCUCCCAGUUCCCCGUCCACGCUCAAACUCCGGAGUAUUCUUGACCUCAGUCCUUUCACUGUGACAGACCAAACACCCAUGGAAAUUGUGGUGGACAUUUUCCGCAAACUUGGGCUACGCCAGUGCCUGGUCACGCACAAUGGGAAACUCCUGGGAAUCAUUACCAAAAAGGAUGUAUUAAAGCAUAUUGCACAAAUGGCAAACCAGGAUCCGGACUCCAUAUUGUUCAAUUGAGCUCAAGUACGGAGGAGGGUCGUAGCACCCUUCCCUAAAGGAACUUUCUAGAUGGACUCCUGCAUUUUUGUUUCUCUUUUUAUUGAGAACUCGGAGCUAUCUUCAGAAUUUUCCAACUAUGAAGCUAACAAUAAUCAUGUUUUAUUUUUUUUCUACAAGAUAACCAAUUGCACUAUAUAAUCUGUGGAAAUUAAUCUUCUCUUUAGAAGAAAAGACUUUAUUAUAUAAUCCUUUGAAGUUGCAUUGGAAAAAUACCCAUGAAGGAGUAAAAGAAACAAUAUAACAGAAUAAAAUUGUUGCUUUAUUUUUAA